UACCUGGAGAAUGUUGUAAGUUAUUCGUUUUUUACUGCUGGCUCAGUCUUUUAAAAAAAAAUAUGUCAAAUGUUGACAUUAUCAUAUUACUCCAUUCUUCUGCUUAGGCGGAUCUCCCCUGGGUCUUCGUCUCUGGCGCCAUGGGUUUCUACCUCGUCGGCAUCAUCUACGCCACACCGGCAUCCUUCUCGAGCCAUGGCACCUUUUUCAACAAGAAGCGCCGCUCUAACGAAUUCGACAGCCUCAGCAGUCGUUCUUCCUUACAUCGUCUCGGGGACAAGAACGAGGGUCGCCAUGUCAUAGAGCCGAAACGCAUCUAUCUUCCAAAACCCAUGGUCCUGAACUUCACACUGCUAGGCAUGAUUGUCCUGCCAUUGAUUGUGAACCAGAUCUUGGCAUUGUUUGCGGGUGCGUCUUUUGACCGCGGAGACAUAAAGGUGUAUGGUUCACUGAUUGCGGCCAUGUAUGGCGUCUGGACCUUUAUAGUCGGCGUUAUUUUUGUCCUUUAUCUCUUUUUCGGAAAGCAGUUGUUAACGAUCAUCUCCUCCAAUAUGGCCUUGAUCAACGAGAGCUCUGGUCGGAUUUCCACGCCUGUCGGGAACAACAACAACAACACCGAAUACGAGGACCAUGAACGCCAGCUGAACACCCUCAAAUCGACCUAUCAGCGCAUGCGCGCUAUACUGAUCCUCUGCGGCAGUCUCUCAUUCCUCAUGGGUCUGAUGAUGCUAUUCUUUGCAACCUUCAGGAAGCAGAUCUUGAAUAGCCACGUUGCUAGCGAGGCCUUUGCACUGAUUUGGGUCCAUGGCGCUAGCGUGGCAUUAGGGUGCUCAUUGAUCUUUAUCCUAUUCCGAAAGGCCUAAAGAGAAGUCGACAUUUGAGGGCCUUUUGUUGUUCAUUGUU